AUGACUUCAUCAUCUCCUCCAUUUUUUGUUUCCAGUGAUUGCUCUACUACUUGGUCUUCUCCUCAAUCAUCUUCUGGUUUUCCUCCUCCUCCUCCUCCUCCUUCUCCUCAUCAUCAUCAUCAUGAUCAAUCUGAACUUCCUCCUCCUCUUGUCAUCAGACCUUGCGGCGCUUGUAAGACCCUCCGUCGACGAUGUGUCCUAAGAUGCGUCCUUGCACCAUACUUUCCCCCAAACCAACCCGUCAAGUUCUUGGCUGUUCAUAGAGUAUUUGGAGCCAGUAACGUCGUCAAAAUCUUGCAGGAAUUACCAGAGAGCCAAAAAGCUGAUGCAGUGGAUAGCUUGGUCUACGAGGCGGGGGCGAGGAUUAAAGAUCCAGUGCAUGGAUGUGCAGGUGAAGUUUGCAGAUUGCAGAAGCUUGUGAGACAACUUCAGAUGCAAUUGGCUACUGCACAAGCCCAAGUUCUUAACACACUACUAUAUCAACAAGAGAGCUUCUCAUGUGAUUAUAACUCAAUGAUAUGUAAGGAGAAGGAAGCUGAAGCUCAACAACAACCCACUUUGCUGCAACAACCCUUAAUGGAUGAUUUCUUGUUGGGUACACCAAACUUCCAGAUUUAUGACUGCUGCUCAUGUAACAAUUCAUUCUUUCCUUCCAAUACCAAUAAUUAAUUUUUGAGGGAUUUAGAAACCAGU